ACUUAACACUUUUUAUUUUCUCAGAUUUCUAAUUUUUAAUAAAGAUUUAUUGCGUAGAUUCCAUUUUUCUAAAUUUUCGAUCUUUAUUUAUGUAAUGGUAAAAAUUUUUUUACAGAACAUGUCUGCCGGAGCUAUUCGUGCCCCACUUGUUAUCCCCCUGAGAAGCCCAGAUUUAGGCUUGUACAAAUCACAUUUGGAUACAAAUACAUAUCUGGAUCUUACUUGCGAUACGCCAGAUGUAGCUAUUUAUUUUACAAUCAAUGGGAAUAGACCAACGGUUGCAAAAAGUAGGAAGGAACUCCAAAACAGUGGGACUUAUAAAUUCCAAAAGCCUUUUACUUUACCGCCUGGAUGUCAUACUGUUCGAGCAGUGGCUGUUUCUCUGGAUAAUGGUAAUGAAAGCAGUGUAGUUACAAAAACAUUCGAUGUGGUCAAAGUCAAGAGUUUUCAUGUUAGUGACAAAAAUGACUUUGGAGAUGAUUAUGGUUUUCUUAAUGAACUAAAGUUAGUCGAUUCUAAACGUCGAAGACAAUUGUCGGGAGCUGAUCGUCCUGACACUCAUGAGUCUAUUCGUCGCCUAUCGGAGAACGAUAAUGAAACUGUCCGAAAAUGUUCUUCAGAAAAAAAUUGCUGUCAUGUAAUCAAGAAGUCUACUAAAGAUCAAGAAAAUCAGGUUAAUUUGAAAAAUGAGUCUGUAUUAUCAGCAGACAACCAGAAUAAUAAUAUGUCGAUAAAAUCGUCAUUGAUUCACGAAUACCCUGAGCUUUCAUCUCAUAUGAUUAAUAAACUACAACAGACAACAGAUAUUUUACGAUGCCCCAAUUGUCACCAUCCAAGGCCAGUGAGUAGAAAACAGAACUUUUGCUUCCAUUGCGGUGUAAAUCUACCCACAUUGUCGACACAAAAAUAUGGUUCUUCUGUUUUAGAAAAUAUUGGUGUAUGUCCUUAUUGUAAAGCGCAUGUACCAUUAAAUUUAACUAGCUGUUUAGUUUGUGAAAGUCCACUACAGAUACAGAAGUAUGGACAAUGUCGUAAAGAAUCUCGUUUGUGUACAACAUGUAAAACAAUGAAUCCUACUGACGUAAAAAAGUUGUAUAAUAUGUGA